UUAAAUCAUAGGUAUGUGCGAUUUAAGUGGGCCAUGGGGCCGAUAGCCCGGUAUAGAAAUAAAUGAGAGACAUACCCUCAUCCACUCCUAAGUAAACAGACUAGAUGAGGAAAAGGAUUCUACUAAACUCAGAAGUCCGCUUCCAAAGAGAAAAUGUAUGAAGAAAACACGAUUUUAGUUCUUUUUAGGGUGGUGAUUUGUAUUGCAAUUAAAUCCUCUUGAAGUCAGCUUUGAAACUAAGGGAGGAAAUAACACGCGAAGCAGUCUAAUGUACAUACAUAUUUAUGUACAUAUGUAUGUACAUUCGCCACACAAGUUUUGAAUAUAAAAUCAUUGGUUUGUACCUAUGUAUAAUGCCAUAAGUAAGCACACAAAGAUCCCAAUAUGAAGCGCCAUGAUGUCAUUUCAGCGAUCUAUAAUGUGCAGUGAUUUUUUUGUUCUGGUCUUCGUAGUGUUGAAUUGUUUUUGCCCUAUGCAGAAGCGUUUGAAUAACAUUCAUGAGAACCACUAUACUUUUGUUUUUGUUGUAUUCAAUUUGUUUACUCACAAAUUUUGUGGAACUGAAAUUUGGGUCAGCUAAUGCAGGAAUAGCGGGCGCUCGGUUUCUUUUCAUGCCACUCCAGCGUUCAAAUGCAUUGAGCACGGUCAGUAGCAAGCGGCGGCGAUUCAGGUACGAGUACUAAUACCAGCUGAGCAGCGAUUAAAUUUUUGUGGCAAGAGGAGCAAGGAAUUAAGUAAAUAUGUGUUACAUCAUCAUCACCGGUGGCAGUCUAGUCUGGUUCGUGUUGAGCCUCAUAGCCGACAUGUUGAUCGCCUCGGCGAUAGUCACACCCAAAUGGCUUAUUGGUCCAAAUCCAACGCUCGUCAGUGUCGGCUCAAGCGCUUCCUUACAAACGGGCAUACAGCAAGAGGUCCAAAAUGAUACUCAGUUAGUGUCGCUUGUACCAACGGUGCGUUAUCCCUCUGUGGGCAUCUAUACGCGCUGCAAAGUGAUGCGCAACUAUGGCUAUCAUUGUGGCCCCUUCGACUUGGAUGGUUUUGCGACAGAUAACAAUGUCUAUCCAGUUGCGUGGAAGGCCACAAUGUUCUUCAUGUCACUGGGUUUUGCGGUGCACUCGAUUACGGUAGCAUUUACGCUCAUCACUUGCUGUCGACAAUCGGCAUUUGGCAAGAGUAUACACAAUAUGACUGGCUGUGCGCAAGUGGUGUCAGCGAUCAGCAUUAUGUUGGCGCUUUUUUUACAUCCACUAGCCUGGGGUGUGCCCAGAGUGCAGCUGCUAUGUGGCGCGGAUGCCGAACCGUUUUAUCCAGCCGGUUGCUCUAUUGGCAUUUCCUUCUACUGUGCUGUGGCGGCAGCGGUGCUUUGUUUCAUUUGUGCUGGCAUCAGUCUGAAGGCAGAAUCGUCUAAUAUGCGUACGCGUGUAAAACGCCGCGUUGAGGAGGGCAAUCGAUUGGUGUGCAUUCCAUGAUUUUCGAAUUUUUUUUAGGGAUCUUCGCGGAAUUUUUCCUAUCAGUCGCAUUGAUUGUUGUGCUUCGAAUUUACGAGUAUCAUAUACAUAAGUUAACUGUUUUGUAAAUAUAUUUUAUGCUUUUAUUUUCUUAAUCGUGUUAAGAUCUUCUAAUAAAUAAGUAGUAAUGAGAAAUUUCUGAGCUUAAGUUUUGUAAGCUAACGUACUAUGUGUACACAUACUCAAGUAUCAUAGUAUUUGCAUUUAUAAGAAUGUACUUAUGUAUACCUAUUAAUAUAAAUAUUACAAGCAGUAUAUAAAAACUCAUUUUGUUAGACCUGUCUCCAGUGAGGCAUACAAAUUCUUGAAACGGGGCUUCAUAAAGCUUAAAAAUGUACGUAUGCAUGUAGAUAUAAGAUAAUAUCCCAAAUUAAAGAAAUUUAUGAAAAUA